AUGGAUCCGUCUGAUCGAAAAGGGAAGAGAAUUGUUACUGAUGGUUUCGACGAGAAGCUAUCGUCGUUUAAGCGCCAGACGCAGUCUUCGUGUCCCGCGGAGAGGCUUCUCGACGGAGCUAUCCGGUUGGGGAGAGCAGAGGAAAUGCGGCGGAAGGCGGCGGAGGAUUCUGCUGCGGCCGCAGCGGAGGCGGAGAGAAUAGCCGAUGAGGCCGAUAGGCUGGAGGCAGAAAGAGUCGCGGAUGAAGGCGACUGGCGAGAGGCCGCAGAGAGAUUGGCCGGAGGAGAGGCGGAGAGAGCGGAUUCCGACUCGGAAAGCAAUUCUGGGUAUCGCGACGAGCUCCGCCCUGAUGAUCCCGACGCCACUUCAGAUAUAGACGAGGGGGAUCGUUCGAACCGAGCCCGGCUCCCUGGCAUCCUGGAUCUGAUUGAGAUGCCGAGCCGAACUCCGCCGUCUCAUCUUACUGAUGACGGAAGGUCUUGGAUGACCGUGGAGAUCUUGAGAGACCUUCGCGAGAGGGUUCAGUUUCAAGAGGACGUAGAAUUCCGCCUCCCGCGAAUGCUCGAUCGGCCUUACACCGUUCUGGAAGGAUGGAUGUGUGUCUAUGAGUGCAUGUUCACCGAGUUCGGAAUGAACUUCCCUCUUCCCGCAAUGCUGCUGCGGUUUGCCGCGGAACGCAACGUUCCGGUGAGUCAGCUGACUCACGGCGUCAUCCGCCAUCUCGUCUUUACUGAGGCCCUGGCUAGAGCUCCCGAGGUCGCCUUCGAUCGGUUGUUGUUUGAGCACGUCACCGAUCUCCGUACCGGAACCGCGGAGGAAGCGGGUUUCCGGCGAUUCCACACCACCAUAAGACACGGGAUUGUCUUUGGACCGUUGACGCGGAAAAAGCCGUCCACUUCUCUCCGGUACAAAUUCACGCUCCUCCGGGACCUCAGUCGCAAGCUUUGGCCCGAAGUGGUAGCGAACCUCGAUAAGAAAAAGAGGGAAAGAAAAGAGAGAAAGGAAGGGGGAAGCAAGCCUGCGUGCGCUUCUGACGCUUUGGGCUUGAAGAGAAGGGCCCCUAUAGCCGUCGAUGACGCUGUGAUCACGUCAAGACCGGCAGAGAAAAAAAAGAGGAUUGAGUCCCCGCGGCUGAGGGAUUCUUCUCCAUCGGUUCCUCCUCAGGUAGCCUCCGUUGCGUCAAGGACGAAGGCCGCGUCUGCUGCGAGGCGCGUCACAAGGGACUCGUCUUCUGAGGCUGAGAAGACGCCGGAUCCGGUGAUCGAGCUUGUGUCCUCCCCGUUUGCUGACGGAGAUGGUGGAGCUCCUGAGCGCUGGGAGGGUGCAUCCAGUUGUGGCAAAGAGGCGUCUCGUCGUGUCGACGAUAUGCGGAUGGUGCCAGAGGAGGGGGGUCCGUCUCGACCCCCUGGUGAUGGAGCCGACGAAGAAGGGGAGCCUCGUCCUGUUGAGUUGAGCGGCUCUAGUGCUGAUCCUGCUCCUCAUGGUGGAGAUAGUCCGCCGGGACCGAGGAUUGACGAGACUCGUCAGAAUCCUCACUCUGUGGCAGUGACCUGGGCCGGCCCGUGCCCUUUAAUGGACGAUGCCGAGGCAAGCGGAGGUUAUGUUUUUGCCUCCAAGGUUCAUCCCACCUGGGGGCUCAUGCGUCAGGGUCUUCGGUACAAAGACGACUAUAACGAGGCGGCUCGGGACCUGGUCAGGGCUAGCGGGAAAUUCACCGCGCUUUUGCUGAAGUAUGAGCAGGAUCUCGGGUCUGCCGAGGGUGACGCUGAGAUGGCGCGCCGGGAGAUGGAGAGGAUGCGAGAGUCCGACAAGAUGGUUGCCGACAUGCGACUCGAGAAGCACGCUCUUGAAGACAAGUUCGCGAUGCUGAGCGAUGAAGUCACGAGGGCCCGCGAUCUCCAGGAUGUCGCAAAGAGGCUUAGGGCGGAAGUCUCCGGUCUGCGGGGUGAGAAGCUCGUUCUCGUAGGUAAGGUCGACGAGCUGAAGGGCGAUCACGCGAAGGCCCUUCAUCUUCAGGAGGCCGUGGAGGAGCUCCGGGCAGAGGUCGGGCGUCUUGAGGAGAGAUCUCGCCAGGACGCAAAGAUUGCUGCGGUGGAGGCGGAUCGCCUUCGCCAGUCGCGCCGGGAAUGGGCGGAUGUUGCCGUUACACAAGCUAACAAUGCUGCGGUCGACUGGUAUACGCCUCGGCUCCGUCAUCUCGCGGAUUAUGUGGCGCAAAGGGAGGUGGACGAAGCUUUGCUAAACUAUGUGCGGAAGAUCAGGGAUACUGAUCAAGAUUUCGACGAGUCCAUCGAGGAGAUCAUCGUGGGAUCGGAUGAUUUCGAGAACGCGCCAAGCCUGCCCUUUGCGGAGUUGAUGCUGCCGGGGUCUCCUUCUCGUCACGAUGCGGGCUUUUCUUUGGAUCCGUCAAGUGCUGCGAAGACGGCGGGGCCGUCAGAUGCGGGGACUAAGUCACCUGAAUUUUAA